AUGGAGCGGGGCAGCGCGGCGGGGUCGCCGGCCGCCAGCGGGCUGGGGCUGGGCUUUGGAGCCGGCCAGCGGGAGCAGGCAGCAGCGGCCGCCGGCUGGGAGACGCCGGAGCCCGGGCAGAGCCCCCUCCAGCAGUCGCUAAGCGGAUCCCAGAGUCUGGAGCAGCGGCUCAGUGAAAUGGGCAUCAGGAAGCAGACAUCGUACAGGUGGGUCCGAAUGAUGAGUGUUGUUGUCCGGCUUGAUAUCCAGACACAGGCCACAGGAGCAGAGAAAGCACCUGUUGCAGAGAGAAAUAAAUUUAAGCCUCCCAGACCUGACGUAACUCAUACAGAGGUUGCAGGCAGCAUGUAUGAAAGUUAUUUGCUGAUACUCCUUGGGAGAUCAAUUUCCAUCCCUGAUAAGAGUAUUGAUAAGUUGAGUAUGGAGGUGUUGAAACAAUGGUGUUUAGAUAAUGGCACAGAAGUGAAGCUGGUUAACUCAGAUGCUUGGAGUAUAUUAAAGAGUAAUGCUAACAGCACAGGUUCAAUCCCCAUAUCGGCUGAGUCAAGAACUGCACGUUUCUUAUCCGACCUUCCGACUCAGGCCUGCCAAGAAACAUGCAACAUACCAGCUCCUGAGACCCUUCAGUGCAGGUCAGCAAUGUUCAGGGAAAGUGAAGCCACGGCCCAUUUUAACAUCACUAGCUGCCGUAAAGCAGGCAAGUUUAAAAGUCUCCAUCACAUUGAGAAGCCAGGGAGAAGCUUGCCAAGAUCAUCACUUUGUCCCCUCAUGUGCUAUAAUAUUUCUUUUUUUUCUUGCAGAAAAGCAAUCUUGAGAUCAGGCCUGCAGCACCUAGCACCAGAGCAGGCACCCAGUACCAUCCUGAAGAAUGGGCCUACCAGGGAGAUGCGGACCAGCCCUGACUGGACUGAAAAUGCUAUAAAUGGCGAUCAUGUUUGGCUGGAGACGAACGUCUCUGGAGAUUACUGCUACCUUGGAGAAGAGAACUGUUUAGUGAAGAUAACCAAGUCAGCUCCAAGGAGGAAGUGUGCAGCAUGCAAAAUAAUAGUGCACACAGUGUGCGUGGAACAGCUCGAGAAGAUAAGCUUCCAUUGCAAGCCAACCUACCGGGAGGGAGGUAGCCGUUCACUCAGAGAGCAGAGUUUUGUGAGACACCACUGGGUUCACAGACGGCGUCAAGAAGGGAAAUGCAAGCAGUGUGGGAAGGGUUUCCAACAGAAGUUUUCAUUCCACACGAAGGAAAUCAUAGCCAUCAGCUGUUCUUGGUGCAAGCAAGCAUUUCACAACAAAGUGACAUGUUUCAUGUUGCAUCACAUCGAGGAGCCAUGUUCGCUAGGUGUGCAUGCUGCAGUCAUUAUACCCCCAACGUGGAUUAUAAAGGUGAAAAAACCACAGAACUCCUUCAAGUCUUCAAGUAGAAGGAAAAAGAGGACAUCAUUGAAGAGAAAAACCAGCAGGAAAGGAGCAGACGAAAGCAAAUGGAAGCCAUUUAUAAUCAAACCCAUCUCGUCACCCUUGAUGAAACCACUCCUGGUGUUUGUAAAUCCAAAGAGUGGCGGAAACCAGGGAAACAAGGUCCUUCAGAUGUUCAUGUGGUGGCUGAACCCACGACAAGUCUUUGACCUCUCCCGGGGAGGACCAAGAGAAGCCUUGGAACUGUAUCGAAAGGUUGCAAACCUCCGCAUUCUGGCCUGUGGUGGAGAUGGAACGGUGGGCUGGAUUCUUUCCUUGUUGGAUGAACUGCAGCUCAGUCCCCAGCCUCCAGUCGCAGUGCUUCCGCUGGGGACAGGGAAUGACCUGGCCCGUACUCUCAACUGGGGAGGGGGGUACACGGAUGAACCAGUCUCGAAAAUUCUCUGCCAUGUAGAAGAGGGGAAUAUUGUACAGCUGGACCGCUGGAAUCUCCAUCUUCAGAACAACCUCCAUCUAAACCAAGAUGACCCUGAAGAAGGGACUCAGAAGCUCCCACUUACUGUGUUUAACAACUACUUCAGUCUGGGGUUCGAUGCCCAUGUGACAUUGGAAUUCCAUGAGUCUCGAGAAGCAAAUCCAGAACGGUUUAACAGUCGAUUUAGGAAUAAGAUGUUUUAUGCAGGGGCUGCUUUUUCGGACUUUCUGCAGAGAAGCUCUCGAGAUUUAUCCAAACAUGUCAGAGUUGUGUGUGAUGGCACUGAUUUGACACCCAAAAUCCAGGAUUUGAAAUUUCAGUGUAUUGUCUUCCUCAAUAUCCCCAGGUAUUGUGCAGGCACAAUGCCUUGGGGUAACCCAGGGGAUCACCGAGACUUUGAACCACAGCGUCAUGAUGAUGGUUGCAUUGAGGUGAUUGGCUUUACCAUGACAUCUCUGGCUGCCCUGCAGGUCGGGGGUCACGGGGAGCGGCUCCACCAGUGCCGAGAGGUGAUACUCACCACGUACAAGACAAUUCCCAUGCAGGUGGAUGGGGAGCCGUGCCGGCUGAGUCCAUCAGUCAUCCGGAUCUCACUGAGGAACCAGGCCAACAUGGUACAGAAGUGCAAGCGGAGGACCUCCAUGCCAUUACUGAAUGAUAUCCAUAAGGUGCAGCAUGCUGAUCUAAGACGUGUCUCUGCUCCUCCUGAUAGCUUCACACUCCCUCACACUGUUCCCGGCCGGCUGAGGAUACGGGUGAACAGGAUCAGCCUUCAAGACUAUGAAAGCCCACAGUACAACAAGGAAAAGUUACAAGAAACAUCCAUCCCACUGGGAAUCAUUGUCAUCCACGGAGACUGUGACCUAGAGACCUGUCGCAGGUACAUCGAUCGACUACAGGAGGACUUUUACCCAUUAACACCAGAUGGACAUCGCAUUCACUACCAGGACAGUGAGUCUUCCCAGCGACGGAUGUUGUCUUCACAGAAUCUUUCUUCCAAAUGGUGCUUCCUAGACUCCACAUCUUUGGACCGGUUUUACCGCAUUGACAGAGCCCAGGAGCAUCUCCACUUUGUGACAGAAGUUGCUCAAGAUGAGCUCUUUAUUUUGGACCCAGAGCUAGUGGCCAUACAGAAAGCUGGGACAGUCCCUGGGAUGCCAGACCUGGUGGUGGAUCCUUCCCCUGGGCCUCCCUCAUCCUCCGAGGAACAAGAACUUCUUCAUUCAGUCCUGGAGGGUGACCUACAGAAGUUCAUAGAAUCCUGCAAUAAGGGAGUGAGUCUGAUGGUGAGCAGCUCGGAAGGUUACUCAGUGUUACACUGUGCUGCAAAGAAUGGCCAUAAAGAACUUGUAAAGUACAUAAUUGAACAUGGUGAGUUGUGA